CGACGACGACGGGCAGAGCCUGAGGUCGAUCCGGUCGCGGUUGAGCAGGCUCAGCCGGCGGAGCAGUCGCCCCGAGCCGAACCGCGACGUCGAGAAGCAGGAGUACCACCGCAAGAUGCGGCAGAACAUGUCGCUCAAGCUCGCACCGCCCAACGUCUUCUCGAUCAACCAGACGACGACACCCGGCUGGUCGACACCUUGGACGCCGUUCCGCCGCGAGGGCCAGGCGCAGAACUACCAGGACCCGUUCGACCUGUCGCAGAACGCGGCCGCGCAGCAGUCCAAGCGGUCGCGAUUCGAGGACUUUAUCCUGCAGAACCCGUUCUCGCCCCUCUUCAUCCGCACCAUCAACCUCGUCCUCAUCUGCUGCACGCUCGGCCUCGCGGCGCACAUUCGCGUCCAGGAGGUGCAGGCCAACGUACGCGGCGUCAUCGGGACCUCGACCCUGUUCGCCAUCGUCGUCGCACCUUUCGCCAUCGUCCACAUCUUCGUCACGCUCUACAUCGAGUACUUUGGCCUGCCGAUCGGGCUGUGGGAGGUCAAGACCAAGAUGAUCUUUACCCUCGUCGAGCUCAUCUUCAUCUGCCUGUACUCGGCCAUCCUGUCGCUCGCGUUCGACGACCUGUUCACGUCGUCGCUCCAGUGCACGGCGUACACGCCCUACGCCCGCUACAACGACGCGCCGGCCGCGACGGGCACGGCCAACGUCGAAGGGUCGCUCGCCGACUCGAUAUGCGCCCAGCAGAUCGCCCAGGUCACGUUCAUCACGUGCAGCGUCGUCUUCUACAUCGUCGUCCUCGUCAUUUCCCUGUUCCGCAUCUUCCACAAGGUCUCGAAGCGUGGCGGUCGCGACGCCUGAGCCAGUUCGCCCGAUACCCCUCCCUAAUCUCUCGUCCUCUCUCGUCGCAAUGUUCCGCUCUCCCUCUCCGUCCGUAGCAGCCCCUCUCGUACCUUGUCGUGCCACUAUUAUGCCAGUCUCUCUCGCG